AUGCCUCGUUUUCAGGAAGGAAACACUGCCGCCGAGCUCGCUGCUCACCACUCCCCCUCCAUCACCGGCAAGAUCAUCCUAACGACAGGCGUCACCCCCGGAUCUAUUGGCGCUCGCUACAUCGAAGCCCUCGCUGCCCAUGCGCCCAAGCUACUCAUCCUCGCCGGCCGGUCUCUCCCCAAACUCAACAAGCAGGUUGAGGUCCUCGCCCAGGCGCACCCCGACGUCGAAACUCGCCUCCUCCAGGUCGACCUUUCCAGCAUCGACUCCGUCACCAAGGCCGCCGCCCAAGUCUACAGCUGGACCGACGUACCCAUCAUCGACAUUGUCGUCAACUGCGCCGGCAUCAUGGCUGUCCCCUACGCCCUCAGCGUCGACGGCAUCGAAAUGCAGCUCGCCGCUAACCACAUUGGCCACUUCCUCCUCACCAACUCCAUCAUGCCCAAACUCCUCGCAGCCGAGGGCACACCGCGUGUCAUCAACGUCUCGAGCAACGGUCAUCGUCUGAGUGCCAUGCGCUGGGGCGACAUCAGCUUUGACGGCGGCAGGACGUACGAUCCGUGGGUCGCCUACGGGCAGUCCAAGACGGCCAACAUGCUCUUCUCCCUCGCCCUAGCUAAGAAGCUCGGCAAUCGUGGACUGUUGAGUUUCAGUGUACAUCCUGGUCUCAUCACGACGACGGGGUUAGCGACACAUCUAGCUUGGGUCGCCGAGGGAGAGGAAGAGGAUGCCAUGACGACACUAUUGAAGAAGGACCAGGAGCUCGGUAACGAGGUCGGCUUCGGUGACGCCUGGUCCAAGCUAGUCGUGCCCGUCUCCUCCGAGGCCGGUGCCGCAACGCAGAUGUAUGCCUCUUUCGACCCGGAGCUCAAGGCGCACAAUGGUGCGUACCUCGAAAAGUGCCGGCCUUCGGAUCCCAUGAAGGAUAUUUUCAGGCCGUGGGGAAGGGAUGAGUAUGAGGCGGAGAUGCUCUGGGCAUUGAGCGAGAAGCUUACGGGACGGAAAUUCGAUUAUUAG